CCUAUUUCAAUCUGUCCAUGACUUCUCCCUGUCCUACUGGAUAGCAUCUGCUGCAAACGCAUUACGAAGGUAGUCAUCUGUAGGAAAAGGUAAUCAGCAUUAUAGGGGAGGAGUAUCCCUGCCGUGAUGCCAUCGUACUCUGUCUGAUUUGCCUGAUAUCUUAGGCGCAUAUUUGUAUGUGCUAAGAUUACGUGAGUUCUAGGUAUGUAACCCCUGGCUCCGGCGCGUUUACCAGCCGCGUUCCAUCAUCCACGACCUUGGAACAAAGACAACCAUGCUUCCCUUCAGCUAAUCUGCCCACAAUGUCGGACUUAGUUGUAGGGCAGACCGUCAGGCUCAAUGAUGGCCGCAUAGGCAUCAACAGAUUUGUAGGACCAACCCAGUUCGCUCCUGGCGAAUGGGUCGGGGUCGAGCUGGAGGAGGACACGGGAAAGAACGACGGCAGUGUCCAGGGCGAGCGCUACUUCGACUGUCCCAUGGGUCAUGGCAUGUUCGUGAGGCCCGUAACCGUCACCGUACUCGCCCAGCCGCCCGUCGCACCGAAGCCUGCCGCAGCCGGCGUUGCUACUCGGAAAGGAGGCCGGCCUAGCAGCAUGUUUACCACAGGAACAACCCGCGGCUCAGGCUCCAAUGAUCCGGCCUUGGGCAAGAGGAUGAGCUUGAAUGCUCCCAGCCCGAGCCCUGUCCCACGAACGUCUCGUCCUUCUAGUAUUGCACGAUCUCCCACGAAAUCCCCGACGAAACAGAUAGCGACGGCUACCUCUAGCGGUUCUACCUCUCGAACCGGCACCCCGUCGAAUGCUCGCGUCUCCUCCGCGGGAAUAAAACCGCGACCGUCCAUCGGAGCGGGCCGUCCAUCGAUGGGACCGCCGGGAGCCCCCGCCUCUAGAACCACACGACAACCGUCUGUCUCGUCCACCACCUCAAGAACAAGUGCCGCCUCAUCACGCCCUCUCAGUGGACGCUUGUCGUUAGCACCCGCGAGACCUCCGCUCCGGCCGGACGCUGCUAAGAACACGCCGACCGGAUCCCGGUCAAGUAAUGACAAUGGGCCGGCUGCGCGAGGUGCGCGGAGGGCCAUUAGCUCGCCUCAGAAGAGCGACGACGACAUACUCUCCCCCCGGCCGACCAACCCAGUCCAGGCAAAGACUAUGGCCCUCGAGAGGCUUACCAGCGCAUCUCCAACGACGACCAGAACAAGGGCACCCCCUCCCACGACAGCACCGAGGCCCGCAGCUAGCAAUUCGGCGGCAGCUAGGGAGGUUGAGGAUCUCAAGGCCAAGCUUCGUGUCCUGGAGCGGAAGAGGAUAGAAGAUCGUGACAAGCUAAAGAAUAUGGAGAAGAUACAAGCAGAACGCGACAAAUUUGAGUCUAUCAUACAGAAGAUACAGGCCAAGUAUCAACCGCAACAACAAGAGAACAACGAGCUUAAGAAAAUGCUGAAGGAGGCCGAGGCGAGGCUUGAGUCUAUCGAGGCAAUACAAGCUGAGCACGACAGUGCUAUGGAAUUGGCGACCCUGGAUCGUGAAAUGGCAGAGGAAACAGCCGAAGUCCUCAAGGUCGAAGUCGAGGCACUAAAGCAGAAGUCGGAAGAACUGGAGCUCGAGGUCGAAAUCUUGCGCGAGGAGAAUGCCGAGUUUACCAACGGCAUGAGCCCCGAAGAGAGAGCCAGUACCGGAUGGUUGCAAAUGGAGAGGAACAACGAUCGGCUACGGGAGGCUCUUUUACGACUCCGGGACCUAACGCAACAGCAAGAGGAGGAACUGAGGGAUCAAAUCAAGAGCCUGGAAGACGAUGUACAGGAGUUCGGAGUGCUGAAGGAGCAAUACGAUCUCUCCAGGGAAAACUUAUCCCAGGCAGAGGCCACGGUUGAGGAUCUCCGGCAACAACUAGACACCGCGCUGGGCGCCGAAGACAUGAUCGAGGAUCUCACCGAGCGAAACAUGAGCCAGGCCGAACAGAUCGAGGAGCUGAAGGCCGUGAUUGAGGACCUUGAGAAUCUCAAGGAGAUCAACGACGAGCUGGAGAUAAACCACGUCCAGAAUGAGAAGGAGAUGCAGGAAGAGCUCGACUUCAAGGACAGCGUUAUCGCGGAGCAAGCGCGGAGGGCAGGCCAGCAGGAUGAGUCCCUCGAGGACAUGGAAUACACGCUGUCGAGGUUCAGGGAGUUGGUCACGAGCCUGCAGAGCGACCUGGAAGACAUGCGAGCGUCGCACGCCGUCACCGAGACGGAGUCGGAGCAGCUCAACAGCAGAUCGCGAGCCAUGAUGGACCUGAACAUGAAGCUCCAGAUCUCCGCCGCGAAGGCCCAAGUCAAGUCGAUCGACCUGGAGCUACGCCACUUGGAGGCCCAAGAGGCCGAGCAGCACCUAGAGAUUGUCAAGCUCUUCCUGCCAGAUAGCUAUGCCUCGGAUCGCGACUCGGUCCUGGCCCUGUUGAGAUUCAGGCGCCUUGCCUUCAAGGCAAACCUCCUCAACGGGUUCAUCAAGGAACGGGUAAACGGCCAGCCGCACCCAGGACACGAAGACGAUGUGUUCGCUGGAUGCGAUGUCAUCGACAAGCUUACCUGGGUUACGGCCAUGUGCGAUCGCUUCAUCAACGCCAUCAGCCACUGUUCGCUAGAGCAAUUCGCCAAGUACGAGGGUGCUCUGUACGAACUUGAGCCUGUCGAGAGAGCCCUGAAUGCAUGGAUUGACGGCCUAAGACGUGACGAGCUCAAGGAGAAGCAAUGCGCAAGCGACCUCCAGCGCACGAUGGCUCUUAUGACCCAUCUUGGCGAGGUCCAUAUCUCAAACGACCUUGAGAGUUACGCCGACGAUAUAUACAUGAAGGCCCUGCUCAUGCAAACACAUCUGGAAUCAGCGGCAGUCACAUUCACGGCUCUGAGGAAUAUGGUUCAGAGCGUUGUCCCGCUGAACGGCCAGGACGAUGAGCUUGCACAAUACUUCUCAAGAAAGGCCGACGCGGUAGUCAGCCAGACUCGGAGCGCCAAGGUUAUCGCCGGCAAGACCAUGAGGGCACUUGAGGAUCUGAAGAUCAGGUCCUUGUCGCUCUUGCCAGACACCAUGGAGCCGUUCGAGCAGGCCGAAUCAAUAGCACGGGAACUCGCCGACUUAGCGCGACAGAUAGGCCUCGACCUCCACCAGGUGCUUCACGAGGAAGGCAGGACCGAGCCAUACACGUAUCUUGAGAUCCAGUCCUGCGUCCACAAGACGGCCUCGAAUCUGAGCGGCUCCAGCGAGUCUGACUUGUUCUCGACCUAUCUAACUAAACUCCGGAUCUUGACAUCCCAGGUUUCCGACCUCGCAGCGCUCAGCUCGGACCUUGCUCAGACGCAAGAAUUCGAACGCAGCGCCGCCCCAUGGCUCCUCCGCAGCCAAGAACUGAAGGCCCUGAAGACGAUCCCCGUCGAUGCAGAAGAGGAAAUGCGCAACCUGAGGGAGGAGUACAACGAAGCGCGCCGUUCCAUAGGCCUGCAUGAGGAGAACCUCAGUGUGGCCCACCUCAAGAUCGAGACUCUCGAGUCACGCAUGCGCGACGCCAACGCGAAGACCUCGCGCAUCGUCCACCUUGAGGCCCAGAUCGAACAGGUCGGACAGCAGAUAGCGAGCCUGAAGGAUGACAUCGAGAAGCAAGACCGCGAACUCAAGGCCCUCGAGACGGAUCGAGACAAGUGGAAGAAGGUCGCCAGCGACAGCCGCCUCAUUGUCGGAGCCGGCGCCGGCGGCGAUGCGAGCGCAAAGCCCGGCCAGGAGCGCGCCGUGGCCACGGCGAGAGAGAUGGACUCCCUCAAGAGCGAGAUAACCAGCUUGCAGGCUGCCGUGCGGUACCUGCGCGAGGACAACCGGCGCGCAAGGAUGACGGAGCAGCACGGCUAUGACUGGCUUGCUGAACCUCUGACGAAACGGCCAUCCGCCGCCGAACGCAAGAAGGCACUGGUGGUCGCGGAGAGCAAAGACGCACUGGGCGAGCUGGUUAAGAUGGUUACGUCAGCCAAGUUCUAUGACCUCGCCACGCUCCCCAAGGACAAACUCGCAUGGAGGCCGGCCAAGAGCACACCGCAAUACCACGCAGCAAAGCAGAUGGAGGACUUUGCCGCCUGGAAGGGUUGGCAGGAUUCGGUGCUCAGGAAGUCGCAGAUGCUGAUGGGGAAGGGCAUGGGCCAGGCUAUUCACGCGGGCAAGGAGAACAAGGGCCCCAGGAGUGUCACCGCGAAGCUGCAGAUCAGGCUCCCAGACCAAGAUGGCAAGAUGAUCACGGGCAUGGGAAGGGAGGUCCAGAUUGUGGGCUCCGCAGAAUGGGAAGGUUUACAGGGGAGACUUGCGGCUGUAUGAUCGUUGUGGAUUGGUAUACCCCUUUACGCCGUAGCAGUGUAGAAUUUGCGUGAGAUAUGUGCGAAUAGAGUGCGAUUUCCGGGUCGUUGGAACCAACCCUUCCUCACAUUGUCUAUUCCUCUCGGGAGCGUGACUCCAAUA